ACACUGUAGAUCAGGAGGAGCCAGUGUUAUAUUUGGUGUUUACUUAUCAGAACAGCCGUGAAAAAAGGUCCUGAAAAAGCAAUCGGAUAAGACUCGGAAUCCUUUGCAACUGCCGUUGAACGCGGAUGAAUGGUAAUGAAUCUAACGAUCACCAUGGGCAAGGGUCGUCAACUAGAAAGGCAUGGCUGUCGAAAGAGGCGGGGCACUCGGCGCUCAAGUCUAAGCGUCUGGAGAGGCCCCACAUGCCAUCGCAUAGUGCGAUAACAGCAUCCUUUACAGUAUGUAAAAUCAAGUCAUCGAAUGGGGCGACGCAAGGAUGAUGUAGUACAUUGAUCUUCAUGAACGUGUGUAUUAAUUAGAAUAAUAAUAAGUCGAGGAUGGGCCACUAAAGACUUAG